UAUGCUUCUUUGUAGCUGCUAACUGAAGAUAGAAGUAUUUUAUGCAGAUACAUAUGUUUUUUCAGCGUGCUCGUUUUGGAGUAACGUUAGUCAGUUCGCUGUAUAUACGGAAUUUUACAACCAACCAUGCCAACAAUUAAAGUUAGCUAAUCAAUGCAACGUUUUAUAGUUAGCUAGCUAAAUUAACUAAAAACAGAAAAUGGUACCACACUAGCUACUUGCUAACUUACGUACAUUUGGUAGCGUUAGGCGUGCAUAUAACUACAACGGUUCAGUUAUAUCUGGCCAUCCCCUACUGCCCCGUUUCUAAGGAAAUAAAAGACUCUCAAGCAGGAAAGUGAUGGUAAUGGAGAAUGAUGGAUGACCUGACAUCAAAUAAUAGCCACAUACCCUGUCAGUCAUGGGCGGGCCAGAAUGGCUGGUCCACUGCUUCAACUCAAGGACCCCACCUCAACCCUCUGCCCAGCUCUCAGCGUUUCAGCCUCAGGUCUUCUUCUAGACAGAGACCCUCCUACGACCACCUGCAGGCGUCCAAUCAGAGCUGUAUGAGCGACCUCGGCACCAUAUCAUCCAGAAACGACCCUCAUCACUCUGCUCUGUACAAAGACUCUCAGAUUUGCAACAGUCCGUCCCCCAACACACAGUUUGCCAUCCCGAGUGCCUCUCACAUUAUUUCCUUCGCCCAGCAAAGUCCUCACACGUCAUCAAUGCUGCUGAAUGCAAACCAAGAAAAACAUACAUCCGCACCAUCUCUUCACCAAACAAACCAAGCUCCACAUCCUUGUAGCCCCCAAAAUCUACAACUUCCCUUGCCACACGACUCUUACAAAGCGCCAUUUCAACCUCCAGUAACCAAUAGACUGCAAAGUCGGCCCAUUAGCCAGCGUUCAUGUGGACAACUUGUAAAUGCAUCUCAAGCUACUUUUGAAGGCGCGUAUGUGGAGUUUGCUCGUGUUGCUGGGCGCACUCACAGCCAUGCCUCAUCCCCCCCUGAGGAGCAGCAUCAGUGGAAACCUUCAUCACACUCCAGCAGAGCUGUGAACAAGUCUGUCCCUGAUGCAGCCUCUCAUCCUAACAAAGAGCCCCUGAAAGAGGGCGACAUUAGUCCCCAGGCCGACAAUGAGAAACGUUUGGAGCUUUUACAUCAGCGCGCCCACCUACUUCAACAAUUGGCAGAGUUGGAUGCACUUCUGGAAUCAACACCUCCAGAGGACAGCAGUAAAGGGCAGUCUCCACACACAGCUGCUCAGUCUCAAUCAGUGGAUCAUUCAUCUCGAUGUGAAGAAACUACGACAAGUGAUGCACAUCAGUCGGCAGCAAAGUCAAAGUCACAGUCGCAUCCCCCAUCACCUGCCUCUUGUGAUGAACAAAGUGAGACCUGUGACACACCAGAAGAUCCCGUGUCAGCGGCAGAAUCAGAGAAAAUAGAAAAUUCCUCAGUCAACUCAGAGGAUGACGGUGAUCCUGAUUACUUGCCCGCCAGAGAUGGUGACGUCUCGGAUGUCCCUGAUGGGGGCUCUUCAGAUGAAUCCAGUCACAGCAGACCCUCGACUCCUACUGAUGAAAAGCCUUCUCUGCCUGGGAAAAAAAGGGCUAAAUCAGCAAGUUUUUUGUUUAAGGACAACGGAGCCAGUCCUCCAAAACAGAUACGUGUAAUUAACUGGAAGAAGUCUUCCGAAACUGUAGUGUUGCCCAUUUCAGGUUCUAAGGCACAGCGUGUUUACGACAGGAGGAACUAUUGUUUGUUUUGCUCUAAGCCAGUAUCUAAAAUGUCGCGGCAUCUCGAGAGUAUCCACAGUGACAAAGCAGAGGUUGCAGCUGCAUUCCAGUACCCCAAACAUUCCAGAGAAAGACAAAAGAUAUGGAACAAAUUAACAAAUCAAGGAAACUUUGCACAUAAUAAAGAUGUCUUGAAAACAGGGAAGGGAACACUUGCUGUCCGGAAAAGGCCGAACACAACUCAAAAAGCCAGAGACUUUGUUCAUUGUCUUUAUUGUCAAGGUCUUUUUCUAAAGACAGCCUUGCACAGACACAUUAAGUUUUGCCCAGAGAGAGAUAAGAAGGAAAAUGAAUUGGUGACCAGAAGAAAGAGUUUUGCAUUUCACUGUGUGCUUGAAACCUAUGGAGAACUUGGCGUAAGUGAUGGUUUUAAGGAGGUUCUGUCAAACAUGGCAUACGAUGAUGUGACACAAGCUAUCAUGGAGGACGAGGUUAUUUUGCAGUUUGGCGAGCUCCUCUUUAACAAGCACGGAUCUGAUCCGAAGAAACAUGAUUAUAUAAGACAAAAUCUUCGGCAAAUAGCAAGACUUGUCCUCGAAGCUCGAAAAAUAACCCCUUUGGAGAAACUACAGGACUUCUUUCUCCCGUCGAGCUUCCCACAUGUGGUGUCUGCAGUGAAUGUUGUGGCAGGCUACGAUCCAGAAAACAAAACACACAGCAUUCCUUCACUUGCCAUCAAACUUGGCUACUCCCUACAGAAGACCUGUAGUAUUGUUGAGGCUAACGCGCUGAAAUGUGGCAAUGCAAGUCUGGUAGAGUCCGCACAAAACUUCCUCUCUGUGUACCAGAAAGAAUGGAACAAGCUGAUUUCCGCAGGUGCAUUAAAAACACUCAGGGACAUAAAAUUGAACACAAAGAAGAAGGUGCCAUUUGCUCAAGAUGUAAAGGUAUUGAAUUUCCACAUGGAGAAUGUUCAUUCUCUUGCUGAAAAAAAACUCAGAGACAGCAAUUCUGCAGAAAACUAUGCUGCUCUGGCAAGGGUAAUACUUUCUCGGAUUAUACUUUUUAAUAGGAGAAAAGCCGGAGAGGUAUCGUCGGUGCAACUAAAGGCUUUCAUGUCCCGGGAAAAGUCAAACUCGCAUGAUGCCGUGGACCCCUCCGCCUCAAGUUUGGAAAAAAAAAUGUGCAGGUUCUUCACAAGAGUUGACAUACGAGGGCAAUGUGGAAGAAUGCUCCCUGUUUUACUGAAACCGUCAUUCGUGUCAGCUUUAGAUCUUCUUGUACAGCUCCGCGAGACGUGUGGAGUCCCCAGUAAGAAUCCUUUCCUGUUUGGCCGUCCACGUUCACCGUCUGCCUACAAUGGGGCCGCUUGCAUACGCACAUACGUCAAAGCAUGUGGAGCUAAAGACCCUGAAGUCCUGACAGUUGCAAGGAUCCAGAAGCAUUACACAACAAUGCUACAGAUGAUUAACCUGGAUAAAAAUGAGGCCAUCCAAAUUUUAGGCCCUAACAAUAAAGUUCAAAGCCUCCGAGAGGACAGCGGCAUGCAGCUGGAUGAUGUGGAAACGGACUCUGAUGAUCAUCAUGAACAAACACGUGGAGCAGCAACACGCGCCAACAUGACUGCGCCACAAAAAUCUCUCAAGUCGAGCAAAAAAGGCUCCCAAAAUAAUGGAAAUGGAAAACAGAAAUGGGAGGAAGCAGAGAUUCUUGCUGUUGAAAGACACAUGAUGGCAUUAAUUAAAGGACACAAGGUGCCUCAGAAGAGCGACUGCAUUCAGUGUCUUGAGGCUGAGCCAGAAGCACUGAGGACCCGUUCAUGGAAAGGUGUAAAGGACUACGUCAGAAACAGGAUCACUGCCCUAAAAAGACAAAGCGGAACUUCCAAAAGUACCUAGAUACUGCAGUAGCAGAUUUAAAUUGAGUUAUUGGCCAAAACAAAUGAAUGUUGAUCAUAGCGCCCCCUAAUGGCCAAUCUUCGCCAAAUUUGGUACAAGGUAUCGCAGAGGCACCCUGAAUAAUAAUUAAGUGGAACCACAGCAGAGGUCUUUAUAAAUGGGAUAUUUUUUGUUAAUCUUCACCUUUCUCUGUUACUCUUUGUCAUUCAGUCAGUCAGUCUCCAUCUAGUUUAUAUUGACGACUUUUUUUCCGGAUUGUUCCGUUGCCGCCAGAGGGUCCAUGUUUUCAGGCGGUUGCCCUUCACCUUCUGCUUUCUUGUGUUGGCCUUCUAAGCUCUCAUUCUCAUCACGCUCACAACAGCCAUUUUAAUUCCACAUGGCGCCUUCCUACGUGCACAUUCCACCAAAACAAGUUCCUUCUCUAGGCUAUUUUGCAGAGGCAUUGUACCUGCGUCCAGAGCUUAGUGCCAGUUAAGACGAUUGUGAUUGCAAUUGGUUUAAAGAAUUGUCAGUUAACCAGAAUUCCAGAAUGAUGUGUGGACUAGCCAGACUCUCCUCCGCAGCACUGUGGAGGAAGGUCUGGCAAUGCGAGACUAAUCUCCAUCUAUGUCUCUUAUGCAACAUAGUGAGCGUUUGCAUCCAUCAGGGUGCCCAAGAAUAAAUGGCUAAUUCAUCUUU